UCUUUAUUCUUCUUUCUUCUUCUUCCCCUUCUCCUUCUCUCUUACGCGUCCUCUUUCUUUCUCGGCACACAUUAAGACCAGCCGUGUUACAGACGGGCAUUUUUUGUCUUUUGAACGACUCAAUUUACUUCUAACCAUUUUCACAUUUUUUUUAAUAAAUAAAUAAAAAAAGUACAUUUUGUAUUUCCAUUUCCCAUUUCCCAUUUCCCAUUUGUUCUUGCUUCUUCUUCGCGGGGGGUUUGGUCGGAUUCCCGUUUUGGAUGGGCGAAACUGGAUCUCUCGCCGAGUUCACGAGUCCUCAAGAAGAAAGGAAAGAUCUGUUUCUGAGCUGGGUCUCUUCGAUUUCCUCUUGAUUUCGAUUCUGGAUUUUGGGAUUUUCUAGAGAGAGAAAGAGAAAAGGAAGGGAGGGUUUUUGUUUGAGUUAUGGCUACGGGUCGGCUUGUUGCUGGGUCCCACAACAGGAACGAGUUCGUCUUGAUCAAUGCUGAUGAAAACGCACGGAUAAAGUCUGUGCAAGAAUUGAGUGGGCAAAUAUGUCAGAUUUGUGGAGAUGAAAUUGAGAUUACUGUGGAUGGAGAGCUCUUUGUUGCUUGCAACGAAUGUGCUUUCCCUGUGUGUAGGCCUUGCUAUGAGUAUGAAAGAAGAGAGGGAAACCAGGCUUGUCCACAGUGUAAAACCCAAUACAAGCGUAUCAAAGGUAGUCCUAGGGUUGAGGGUGACGAAGAGGAAGAUGGCAUCGAUGAUAUUGACAAUGAAUUCGAGUAUGGAAACCUUGACGCUUCGGGCGCACAUCAAGUUGCAGACGGUUCCCACCCUUAUUCUUCUGCAGUCCUAGAACGUGAAUCCUCUCCCCUUGGUUCUGAAAUCCCUCUCUUGACCUAUGGCGAGGAGGAUUCUGAGAUUUCCUCCGAUCGUCAUGCUCUUAUUGUACCGCCAUUUAUGGGUAACGGAAACAGAGUUCAUCCAAUGCCUUAUCCUGAUCCAUCUACACCUUUGCAACCCAGGCCAAUGGUUCCUAAAAAAGAUAUUGCAGUAUAUGGUUACGGAAGUGUGGCUUGGAAGGAUCGGAUGGAUGAGUGGAAGAAGAAACAGAAUGACAAACUUCAGGUGGUAAAGCACCAGGGAGUCGAUGAUGGCGGACAUUAUGGUGGAGAUGAUCUGGAUGAUGCCGAUUUGCCAAUGAUGGAUGAAGGCAGGCAGCCACUUUCUAGGAAGAUGCCAAUCUCUUCAAGCAAGAUAAGCCCAUACAGAUUGAUUAUAAUACUUCGACUUACAAUCCUGGGCUUGUUUUUCCACUAUAGACUUCUACAUCCCGUCAAGGAUGCAUAUGGCCUGUGGUUGACAUCAGUCAUAUGUGAGAUAUGGUUUGGUGUAUCAUGGAUUCUGGAUCAGUUCCCCAAAUGGUAUCCUAUACAGAGAGAAACAUACCUUGAUCGAUUAUCACUGAGAUAUGAGAAAGAAGGCAAGCCAUCUGAAUUAGCAAGUAUUGAUGUCUUUGUUAGUACGGUGGACCCUAUGAAAGAACCACCGCUAAUUACUGCGAACACAGUUCUCUCAAUCCUUGCUGUUGACUAUCCAGUUGAUAAAGUUGCAUGCUAUGUCUCUGAUGAUGGUGCUGCCAUGCUUACAUUUGAAGCACUUUCUGAGACGUCUGAAUUUGCUAGAAAAUGGGUCCCCUUCUGUAAGAAAUUUAACAUAGAACCCCGGGCCCCAGAAUGGUAUUUCUCCCAGAAAAUGGACUAUCUGAAAAAUAAAGUUCAUCCAGCAUUUGUUAGAGAAAGACGUGCAAUGAAGAGAGAAUAUGAGGAGUUCAAGGUCAGAAUAAAUGUGCUGGUAUCCACAGCACAAAAGGUUCCUGAGGACGGGUGGACAAUGCAGGACGGGACUCCAUGGCCUGGAAACAAUGUGCGAGACCAUCCUGGCAUGAUUCAGGUCUUCCUUGGUAAUAAUGGAGUUCGCGAUUUUGAUGGAAAUGAGUUGCCUCGUCUAGUUUAUGUUUCCCGUGAAAAGAGACCCGGGUUUGAGCACCACAAAAAGGCUGGUGCCAUGAAUGCUCUGAUUCGAGUCUCAGCAGUUAUCUCGAAUGCCCCAUAUCUUCUGAAUGUUGAUUGUGAUCACUACAUUAACAAUAGCAAGGCACUUAGAGAAGCCAUGUGUUUCAUGAUGGACCCUACAUCAGGGAAGAAAGUAUGCUAUGUGCAGUUUCCUCAGAGAUUUGAUGGGAUUGAUCGGCAUGAUAGAUACUCAAAUCGGAAUGUGGUCUUCUUCGAUAUCAACAUGAAAGGAUUGGAUGGUAUACAAGGACCAAUAUAUGUCGGAACUGGGUGUGUUUUCAGAAGGGUAGCUCUUUAUGGAUACGAUGCGCCAGCCAAAAAGAAGCCCCCCAGCAGGACCUGCAAUUGUUGGCCAAAAUGGUGCUGCCUGUGUUGCGGGUCUAGAAAGAAAAAGAAUGCUAAGGCAAAGAAAGAGAAAAAGAAAUCGAAACACAGGGAAGCAUCAAAGCAGAUACAUGCUCUUGAAAAUAUUGAAGAGGGAAUAGAAGAAUCUAAUGCUGAAAAGUCAGCAAAUAUGUCUCAAGUCAAAUUGGAGAAAAAGUUUGGGCAGUCCCCGGUCUUUGUAGCAUCUACACUUCUGGAGAAUGGUGGAGUUCCUCAAAAUAUAAGCCCCGCAUCUCUUCUAAAAGAAGCCAUCCAAGUUAUAAGCUGCGGAUAUGAGGAUAAAACAGAAUGGGGAAAAGAAGUUGGCUGGAUAUAUGGUUCUGUGACUGAGGAUAUUCUGACGGGAUUCAAGAUGCACUGCCAUGGCUGGCGGUCUGUGUACUGCAUGCCUAAAAGACCUGCAUUCAAGGGAUCUGCUCCUAUUAACCUCUCAGAUCGUCUGCACCAAGUUCUUCGAUGGGCUUUGGGUUCGGUUGAGAUCUUCUUGAGCAGACAUUGUCCGAUCUGGUAUGGCUACGGGGGCGGGUUGAAAUGGUUGGAACGCUUUUCUUACAUAAACUCAGUUGUAUAUCCUUGGACCUCCAUUCCCUUGCUGGUGUACUGUGCUUUGCCUGCCAUCUGUCUUCUCACCGGGAAAUUCAUUGUCCCUGAGAUAAGCAACUAUGCAAGUCUUAUUUUUAUGGCCCUCUUCAUAUCCAUUGCUGCAACGGGUAUCCUCGAGAUGCAAUGGGGUGGAGUUGGUAUCGAUGACUGGUGGAGGAACGAGCAGUUCUGGGUGAUUGGAGGCGUCUCGUCGCAUCUCUUUGCACUCUUCCAGGGUCUGCUCAAGGUCUUGGCUGGUGUCAACACAAACUUCAUGGUCACCUCAAAGGCAGCGGAUGAUGGAGACUUCUCUGAGCUUUACAUCUUCAAGUGGACAUCACUAUUGAUCCCUCCCACAACCCUUUUGAUAAUAAACAUAGUUGGUGUUGUGGUUGGGGUCUCUGAUGCCAUCAAUAACGGGUAUGAUUCGUGGGGUCCGCUCUUUGGUAGGCUCUUCUUUGCCCUCUGGGUCAUCAUCCACCUCUACCCUUUCCUCAAAGGUUUGCUUGGGAAACAAGACAGAAUGCCCACCAUUAUUUUGGUCUGGUCCAUCCUUUUGGCCUCAAUCUUAACCCUCGUGUGGGUGAGAAUAAACCCAUUUGUCUCGAAAGAUGGGCCCGUCUUGGAAAUUUGUGGCCUGAACUGUGAUUAGAAUACAUCAUCAUCUUCUCAAAAUAAGAAAAACUCAAGUUGGGGUUUUACCAAAUCUGUUCAGCAUUUUGUGAGAGUUGCAGAAAAAGAUUAACUCUAUUCCAGACUUGGGGGCUAAGAAGAGGAAAUUUUCCGGGUUUAUAUAUAUAUAUAUAUAUUAUUUUAUUUAGUAUGGGGGUGUAGAUACAGAGGGGUUGGGGUGGCUGAUACAUUGCUAUUGUUCUAUUAAUUCUUUUAUUUUUGUUCCUGUGGGGUCUUUUAGUAGGGUUUUGUUUUUGUUUUUGUUUUUCUUGUUAGAUUAUUCUGUAUUCUAGGACAGCAUUGAAUUAUUAUUUAUUCCCUUGUCCUUACAAUAGGGGAUUCUUCAUACGGGUCUCCAAGAGAUCAAAAAAGUUGGCUCUUCUUGUUAAUCUCUGUAUUGUUAUCUGCAUACCACUUUGUCUAGACUUCAUGUGUUUUACGUUUUUAAGUUCAGAAAAACACUACUUCGUAGUUUCUUUUGUAAUCUUCUUGUGGAGUCACUUUUGAAGGUGACAAAUUUUGUGGGAUUUUCAAACUAGUCGUUUGUUUCUCAAGUACCCUUAUUUUUACCCUUUUUCCCUUAAACCGUUCAUGAUCCAUCCCAAUAGGCACUUUAUCAAUGUACUUUUUUCAGUCAAUAAUUUCGGCCCAUAUUUCA